GGGCAUUACGGAUCUGCUCAAAAUCAGUACCCAACGAAACCUGUUUGUUUACUUUGAUCAAACUGACUGAUGCCUCGGAAAUCCAUUCAUCGUUCGGACAUCUCAAGUUGGGCGUACAACAAGCGCCAUGUCAUUCUUCAUGUCACCCUUGAGACUAUUUCAGUCAACGUUCGGCCCACCUGUCGUCACCACUAACAACUAGGAACCAUGCCGCUUGCAGAUUUACUUCCAAAAGGGGACCCACGUGUGAACAAUUGGCCUCUCAUGGAUAACCCGUUGUCCACUUUCCUUAUCGUGUUGGCUUAUCUGGUGAUUGUUGUUUGGUGGGGUCAAAAAUGGAUGGCUCGUCGUUCUACUGGUUUCGAGUUGAAACGCCUUAUGUUGAUUUACAAUUUUUGCAUGGUCAUUUUUUCCGGUUGGCUUUGGUAUGAGUUUUGCGCCUCCGGCUGGUUUGGAGGUGGCUACACAUUGGGCUGUCAACCUGUCGAUCGGUCGAGACGACCAAAAGCCUAUCGUAUGGCCUCUGUUUGUUGGUUUUUCUUCAUAAGCAAGUUGAUUGAGUUGGUAGACACUGUGUUCUUCAUCGCCCGCCGCAAGUUCGAUCAAGUCAGCUUUCUGCAUGUUUUUCAUCACUCCGUUAUGCCUCUUUCUUGGUGGUUUGGCGUCAAGUAUGUCCCAGGUGGAAUCAGCACAUUUCAUGCGAUGCUAAAUAGCUUUAUUCAUUUGUUGAUGUACAGCUAUUAUGGUCUGGCUGCUGCCGGACCCCGCUUCCGACGUUACAUUUGGUGGAAAAAAUACAUGACAGGGGCCCAGAUUAUCCAAUUCGUGGUAGUCAUACUUCAUUCUGUGUACACCCUGGUCUUACACGAUUGCAACUACCCGAAGUUGUUCAACUAUUGGAUCCUAUCCUACGCAUUGAUCUUCCUGGUCAUGUUCGCAAACUUCUAUACCAACGCAUAUCAGAAAGCACCAAAAUUGUCUUCCUCCAUUCACCUUUCGGUCGGCGGUCCUAUCUCCAAACGUGCGUUAGACUAAUCUCAGGUCGUGAGCGCAGUGCUCGGAUCCUCAUCUACGUGGCGCUUCUGAAUGUACACAGUCUGCUCCUGGCAUCAUCUCCAACUACCCGAGCCCUCCUUUCAUGCUUAUCUACAAGCAAUGAUUACUUACAAUCGGUCGCUCCCUACCCGCUUCCUGUGUCUCCUUUCCUGUCUUAUUUCACCCAGUUUAGCCACUUACACCACCAUCAUUUACAGUGCAUACGAAUCAACAUAGCAACGCUAUUCAUUUUAUGAAUUCUACGUUAUGAAGCAAUUUUGUCUACAGAUUUCACAAACGACUAACCUUUGUGAUCCGCGGACACGCGUCCUUCCCAACCUUUUCUCUACCUGUGGUAUUUUUGUUUAAGAUUCGACCCGCGCCUCAUUAGGUGAAGUCCACUUUGUAUAUUGCUCAUCUUGAAUACAUGCGCUUUUACUGCUCUUAAUGAAAUGUUUCCUUGUCA